AGUUGCGCAAAAUGAAAUAAUUUCAUAUAGUCAUUAUAAUAAUUUACGCCAAAAUUCUGUAAGAUAAACAAGAAAUUUUAAAAAUAUCAAUUUUUCAUUCUUUAAAUUAAUUAUAAAAAUUAAUAUAUGUAAGUAAAACAUACUAUAAAGGGCUAAGAUUCGAAAAACUGUCGAAAAUUCAAAGCCUUUCCUUUGGUAUAUUCGGUAUAUUUUAUGGUACAUCAUGCAUCAUAGUAGAAGAUUUAUAGGCUUCCAGAACGACUCCGCCGAUUGCCGGGUUAUUCCUUGAUUCGAUUCCCCCGCAUUGGAUUGGCAUUGGGCGGCCGGCAAUGGAUUACCAGUACUUUGAGGAGGAAUCGGACUACAUUGAUCUGGACGAGGAGGACGAUGAUGAGGAGACGGCCGUUGACUUGGACUACAGGUUCGGGAAAUCUGACGAAGAGGAGGAUUACUAUCUCGGUGGCGAGUUAGAAGGUGACGUGGACGGACAUGGAAUCCUUGGUUUAGCUGAACGACUCCUCGAAAGCCUGCAGACUUGCGUGGAGCCCUCACUUGUACAGGUCCUACAAUAUGUGGCGCCCAUGCUUCUCCUUUGUCUGCUCUGUCGUCUUUUGUGCCUCCUUUACUCGCAGCGCAAACGGUUGACAAGCCUUACACCGCUACACUUGCUCCAUUUCGCCUGCGGCCUGAUCCUCCUGCAGUUCUCUGUGGGCUAUCGACUGCUCCUUCUGCUCCUGCUGGCCGCCGUUGGAUACAUUCUGCUCCAACUUUUGCGACUGGGACGUAGAGGAGCUCACAUAUUGGCAGUGCUAACUAUAGGCAGUCAAUUCCUGUACGAGCUACUCCUUUGGCGACGGCGCAGCGACUGGCCUCAAUUGCGGGGCAUCCAGAUGGUGGUCAACAUGAAACUAAUCUCACUAGGAUACGACCUGACUACAAGUGGUCAGCUACAGGCGAGGAUUCCGGGUCCUUUUGCCUACCUGGGCUAUAUCUACAGUCCAGCCACCUGCGCCUUGGGUCCCUGGGUAAGCUUUGGCUCCUACAUGGACUGUCUGGUGCCCAGGAACAGCUGGCUUGUCAGUCUGCGCCGUUUGGUUCCCAAUGCCUUGCUCUGUGUACUGGCCGUCACUGUGUCCAAUUGCGUGGCAGCAGCGUUGAGUGACUUCUUUAGCGACAGCUCCCACUUCUUGGUAAUGUACUGGGAUGCACUGAGUGUGCGCACCAGUCACUACUUCGUUGGCUUCAUGGCGCAGGCACUGCUAGUGGCCUCCGAUCAGCGAUUGGACGGUGCUGGCAUCGAGUCGGAUCUGCUGGGCCCGCUGGUCUCACGACCCUGGCUCAUCGAAUGGCCGCGCUCGAUUAGUGCUCUGGUCAGAAGCUGGAACAUUCCCAUGCACGAGUGGCUCAAGCGGUACAUCUACGCACCCUUCAAGGUGAACAGUUCCAGGUCUCGUACCGUGUUGGCCGUCUUUUGUACUUAUUUUGUGUCCUGCCUGCUGCACGGCAUGGAUCUCCGUAUCUACUUGGUGCUAAUCUCACUGUCCAUCUUCGCCGAAGGAGAAUCUUUGUUACGGCGACAGCUAGCAAUCUUCCUGGAUGCCUGCAUCUCUGCAAAUGUUUGUCCAGGCAAGGAGCGAUGUCGGUAUGGCAACUGCCCCAGCAAACGCAGAUGGAGCUCUGUUUCCUAUUGGCUGGUGAGGAUCACCAAUCUGGCAUUCACUGCCCUGGCCAUCUACCACCUGGCAUAUCUCGGAGUAGUGCUGCUGGGCGAAUCUCUGGAAAGUGGAGAUGAAACGGAAUCAUUCCUCUGGCACUGGCAACAGGAGGGCUAUUUAAGCCACUAUAUCGGUGUGGCUACCUUCGUCCUUUACCUGUUCAUCUCGUAGACGCCAGAGGAUCCUACCAUCACCAUACGAUAUGACUGAUCUACACGUAUUUAUAGUAAUUGUAAUAUUAACCGCAUCCAUUUGUAAUUUUUGUAUCUUGUAGUUUGUGUGUGUGCUGUGUGAGUACUUAAUAUUAAAUUAUUCUGUGAAACGGAUAUUUUUUAGAACAUUUUGAUAUGGGUAACAGCAAAGAAUAAUGUCCAUAGAUGGUAUAAGUCAGAAAUAUAUCAAGUGAAUUAGGGAUAUAUAAGAUCUACCAACGUCAAGGGACAUAUCAGAACUCUACCAAGGAAUCUAUCUCAAAAAAUAUGUAUUAGAGGUAUAUCAAAGGAUAUAUCAGGACGAGUUUUACAAUAAAUAACUCAUAAACUUAAUAUAAAAUGCCACCUUCUUUUUUUUCAAAUAUUUUUUAUUGAUUUUUUAAUGU